AUGGCUUCAGGGCCCGAAAAUGGCUUCUACUCCUCGGGCCAAUUUAUGAAUCCAGGUCCUGCACCUCGCCCCCCUACCGACCGGCCUCGACAUCUGGAGUUGCAGCGCUCGAACACCUCGAUACCGACGAGCACCUUCGACUCCAUGUCGUUAGGAGGCCCCGCCUCCCCAGCCGUCAGCACUCCGAGUGCCCCUUUCUUCUCCAAUGGCAGUUCUCUGUCCCUAUCAACAAACGGAAAACCUUCGGGUCCGGUCACUAUCAUCAAGGAAGGCCAUGUGCGCUGCAAAGAAGACAAGUUCCUCGCUCAAUGGAACCAACGAUACCUGAUUCUCCGCGAGUUCAGACUGGAUUUCUUGAAGAGUGAGAACGGGAAGCUCAUGCAGUCCAUCCAAUUGAACACUGUGACGGGUGUGACUCGUUCUGAGGAGACCCGAAUGGCCUUUGAGAUCACUCGCGUUGCGAAUCCCAAGGAUGCGGGCAGCAAAAUCGUCAUGGCUCGUGAUUUGCCAACCCGGACCAUUACCUGUGAGGUCCGCAACGACGAUGAAAUCUACGACUGGAUUGAUAAAAUAUAUGAGCGGUGUCCUGGCAUGGGGGGCGUCAGCAACCCCACAAACUUCAACCAUCGUAUCCACGUUGGCUUUGACCCUCAGACAGGCGGCUUUGUCGGGUUGCCACAGGAGUGGGAGAAGCUGUUGAACAAUUCCGCCAUUACCAGAGACGACUACAAGAAGAAUCCCCAGGCCGUCAUCGAAGUGUUACAGUUUGUCUCAGACCAGAAAAUGCGUGAGCAGCACCCCGAGAUGUACACCCCCGGCAUGCUCACCCCGCCAGCAGCUCAGCCGAAUAAACAACUUGGAUACCCAACAGGGGGCAAUAGUGUUGCUCCACCAAGGCCAGCGCCACCAACAGAUGCGCAACGAUAUAAUGCUAAUCAGUUCAUCAACAAAUACCAGGAAGGCCCCUCCCGGAUAGGCACUCCCCCAGGGAAACCGCCGUUGCAGCGGUCGCAGACAGACAAGGGUGCAUAUGACAUGGAGGCUGAUGCCGCGCGGAUCAAAGCAAUCGCCAACGAAGAACAAAAGCGUCGUCAGAUGGAGGCGGAAGCGAAGCGGGUGCGAGACGUUGAAAGACAGAGGGAACAGGAGCGCGACGAGAUUGAGCGCAACCGCAGAGAACAAGAAGCCUAUAACGCCUCGUUACCAAAGACACGUCCGCCACUAGCUCAGCAGGAGAUUGGGGGAUACGGAAAUGGCUCUGAGCGCGGACCCAACCGGCAAGAUCCAAGAUACAACCCCGCGAGAGCCGCUCCCAGUGCUCCCCAGCAAUCAUCGUCAGUAUCAAUCAGGCAAAACCCCACAGCGCAGAGACCGGCUCCCUCUGCCCCGAGCAGCAUUUCCCAAAAAUCCAUUCCUCAAUCCCUUUCGGCCAGUCAGAGUUCAUUACGAUCGCCCGAGAGCAGAGAACGUGAUCGGCAGCCUUCGCCUAAUGCUCGAUAUCCUCCAGGCGAGCUGUCGCGGAAGGACUCGACGCCUAAGCCGCAGACCAAUGGUGCCAACGGACAGUCCGCGAGUCGGUCACAAGGAUCUGUCCAGCAACCUAAACCUCUCAAUGUGGCCAAACAGCCGCAGGCGAAACCUGCGACCGAUCCGCGCAAGGAAGCCGAGAUUGCUUUGACGGCGAAGAAACCCGUCGAAGAGCGGGCCAAGGAGGUGCGAAUGUCGAGUAUGAGCGAAAGCGAAGUCAUGGCAAAGCUAAAGCAGGUGGUGUCCAAAGACAAUCCUUUGGAGUCCUACAGCAAGCAAAAGAAGAUCGGUCAGGGCGCUUCCGGUUCAGUUUACGUUGCGCGAGUUAAGGAAAGCGCAACGUCGGCUGUCGCACGUGAACUGUACCGUACACACGGUCCCAAGGGUCAAGUCGCCAUCAAACAGAUGGAUCUUCGCAACCAGCCGCGCAAAGAGUUGAUCGUCAACGAAAUCAUCGUCAUGAAAGAUUCCAAACACCCCAACAUCGUCAACUUCCUCGACUCCUUCCUCCAAGAACAGAACAAUGAGCUCUGGGUGGUGAUGGAGUUUAUGGAAGGUGGCGCGCUCACAGAUAUCAUCGACAACAACCCGGUGAUUACCGAGGAUCAGAUUGCCACAAUCUGCUACGAAACCUGCAAAGGGUUGGCUCAUUUACAUUCUCAAGAUAUUAUCCACCGAGAUAUCAAGAGUGACAAUGUGCUGCUCGACCGAGUGGGCAAUGUCAAAAUCACCGACUUUGGGUUUUGUGCCAAGCUCACGGAAUCAAAGAGCAAACGCGCGACGAUGGUUGGGACACCAUACUGGAUGGCCCCCGAAGUUGUCAAGCAAAAAGAAUACGGACCCAAGGUUGACAUUUGGUCGCUCGGCAUCAUGGCCAUUGAGAUGAUUGAGUCGGAGCCGCCGUAUCUCAACGAAGAACCGCUCAAGGCCCUGUUCUUGAUUGCCACAAACGGCACACCGCGGUUGAAGAACCCCAACAAACUGUCACGGGAAUUGAAGGCAUUCCUCAGUGUCUGUCUCUGCGUUGACGUCAGAAGCCGGGCCAGCGCCGACGAACUGCUGAAGAACGACUUCAUGCGCAUGGGCUGCAGUUUAGCGAGUCUGAGCGAACUGUUGAAAUGGCGAGAGAAGGGUCGGCAGUGA